AUGGACGAGACACCUCUAUACCAUAAGGUCCGCGGCCACGAACGCAUCACAGACGCCAUCAUAGACGCAGCGAACGAGACAGGCGAGACCAACAUCAUCACUGCAGAGCUCGGCAAGGCAGAGACAGAGCACCGCGGCCAGGUGGUCGUUUACGAGUUGAAGAUCGGCGCUGUGUUCAGGAUGCCUCCUCAAGACGGCGACGCUGGGCCGAAACACCUUCACGUGAUUGCGGAAUUGCCGUACACGCUCACGAGCGUUGACCGCAAGACAGCAGAGAUCUACGCGCACAUCGGGAAGAUGCAAACGGCUGGUAUUCAUGAUGAGCUGGGCGGUCUCUUCCAGAGGUUCGAUCGCACUUCGAUGUCGGACGGGGACGGGGCCAUCGCCAAGGCAGAGCGGCACCUUGGCCGAGCUGAAGAAAUCUCACACAGGCGUUGCAAGAUCCACCUGUUGCAGGGCGCCCACGAGAAAAGCAGCGGGUCGGUCUUCGACGAGACUCUGACAGAGCACUACCACAUGAGUAAGGCUCUCCAGGCACCUGGCGGCAUGCGGGCGUUCAAGAACAUAUUCAGGGAGGUGCUGUCCAGGCGCAUGGAGAUCAAGUUCGGCGAGUCGCCCAUGCUCGCCGCCGACCGUCGGCGGGCUGUCAUCGACGAGUUCCUCCCGCGGUCUGCGGCGGAACUCAAGGUCGUCAAGGCGCGCUUGAUUGUGAGCAUGGUCGCAAACGGCGACUACGACCGGAUGGGCACCUUCGAGAUGUAUGCGCCCAAUGCCGACGAGAAUCCUGCAGAGCGUCGGCAUUGGGCAUUGAAGUACUACGUCGAUGCCAUUCUCGCAUUAGGUGUCUAUCCAUUUCCACGGUCCCGCUGGGCAAGGGCAGCGGAGAGCUUGCGCGUCAUCGGGCUGUUGGCGAACACCCGCUGUUUGCUACAAGAGAUAUUUCCUAUUUACGCGGCGCGCCAUCUCAAGACCACCGUGCCUGAUGGUGUUGGCGACGGGCUGCUGGCCAUUGCAGACGUUGGUGCGCACUUGUGCGACGCGGGCGACGCUCAGCCCUUUGCCGACGCAUGUGCCGUGGAUGCAAGGAACAUGGCAACGCACGUGAAGAAAGGCUUGGUUGCGUGUAAGGGCGACGCGUUCGCCGCCAGGAUGCUGUUGUUGACGAUCCUUGUGAAGCCGCAGCAGCACUUUAUGUACAGUUGCCUCGGCCUGGGUUCUGUUCGCGCCUCGGAGCGGGCUCAUGCUCGCAAUGCGGCCCUGGCAUGUGGAGGCGUUGGAACUGGCGCCUGCUUGCCGCCGCGCAUCGAGGCGAACCUCGCUGUUUCUUUGGAGAAGCAAUUCCUGGAUGACUUGGGCGAUCUAUUACACUUGGAUCACAAGUGGGCUGCGCUUCCCGUCGGUGGUGGACGCACCUGGACCUCCAAUUUGCUUGCAUUCCGUGUCAUUGCCAUCGCUGGUGCGGUGGUGACCGACGAGGAGGUCAUCGGCAUGCUCGAGGGUUUCCCGUGGAAGUUGUACGCCUUGGCUCAGCUGAGCGUGGAGACGGGGGACGCCUCGCACAUGACUAAUGGUUUGGAGGCAACGCCAGCGUGCAUGCUCGACCCCUGGACUCGCGGUCUGAUUGCCCACUAUUCGGACAAGGGUGGCAUGGGCAGCGCCGACGCGCUGGCGGACGUCCUUGCCCACGCGGCGGAAGCCGAGAGCGAGAACAGCAGGCGUCUAUAUCGAGGCGGCACGGCCAGCACUAUCCAUUCGGAGUUCCAGAGGAUCGCUUUGCCAAGAGGGCGCGGAAAGAUGCUAAUCAAGCGCUCCUUGAUCGUGAACGCCGUGCUGUCCAACACAUCCCACAAGAUUGGGCGCAUGAUCAAGGCUGCAGCUAUCAGCGACUGGGAUACCAGACACCAGCUACUUUGCCAAGCUGAUUGCGAAGCCCUGCCGCGCCUAGGACCACCGCGGGCGCGAUGCUUCGAGGCUGGUCUCUGCUUGUGCGGCGACGGCGGCGGAUUAGUCGACAUGUUCGUCAAGCACUGGGAGGGCGCUGUCAAGAUGCAGUUCCCUGCCAAGAGCACAGAGCGUAACCUUCUCAAGAGUGCAAGCUUUUGUCAGGUCUUAGUUGGCACGUACCAGCUCGCAGGUUUAGAUGCCCACGGAGGUGCUGAUUCACCAGAUCAGGUUGUUACCAUUGAGGAAUGGAGCUGCAUCGCCUUCCAAUGCCUGUCACCAUGGAAGGCUGUGCUCAUGCCUGCAACCACGCCUGGGAGUGCCAGCGACGUGAGGGUCACGAUCACGAUGAAGCCGAAGUGGUUGAGGCGCCAUUUGUAUUCCAAAGAGCUUUUGGACAUGUAUGGUUCUGAUGUUCAGUGGUCUAUCCAGUUCUUUCAGUUCCAGCCGUCUGCGGCACUGAAGGGCGCGUUUGCUCCAGCGGUGCAAAUGGCCAAGCGACUUGACGGUGAUGCGGUGUCCUUCUGGAGUGGUGAGGACGACUUUGGCAGGCUGGCGAAUUUUCUCCAUCGACGGGCUCGCAGAGACCGCGAGGGAGGUGGACCAGCAGCCGACGGCGACGAUGACGGUGGAGGUGGCCAUCGUGCAGAUGGGGGUGACCACCGCAGCGACGACGAGCUCAGCGGCCAUGGCGACGUCGAUCUGAUCGACGACGCAGUCAUGUUUGACGGCGACGGCCGAGAGCCUGGAGAUGAGAUCGUCGGCGAUGACUUCGAUGCCGUUGGAGGGCUCCCGACCCCAGAGGCGUCAGAUGACGAGGUGGCGCCCGACGCUGGCGUUGGCGAUGCUGGUCCACCAG